AUGUCGUCGUCACCACCAUACAACAAGUUGUCGUACUACACCUUCGGCACGCCCAAUGGCCUCAAGCCGGCUCUUAUUCUGGAGGAGCUCGGGCUGAAGUAUGACUCUCAUCAGGUCAACAUCAUGAAGAACGAACAAAAGGAGCCGUGGUUUUUGGACAUCAACCCGAACGGACGAAUUCCGGCCUUGAAGGACGGUGAUCUACGUGUUUUCGAAUCUGGUGCUAUCAUGCUCUACUUGACCGACAUGUACGACAAGGAGAAGAAAUUUACGUAUGAGUAUGGGACGGACUUGUACUACGAAAUGCUCAGUUGGGUCAUGUUUCAGAUGGGUGGGAUUGGGCCUAUGCAGGGACAAGCAAACCACUUUCGUUUGAUGGCGCCGGUGUAUGACACGUACGGAAUGAAGCGGUACAUCGACGAAACGAAGAGGUUGAUUUCGGUGCUCGAGAUCAGAUUGUCCAAGGCGGACUGGUUGGCUGGCGAUAAGUAUACGAUUGCCGAUAUGGCGAGUUGGGCUUGGGUCAAGGGGGCACCGAGUGUGGAUAUUGAUAUGAGCGAGUUUCCUGGUGUGGAAAGAUGGAUCAAGCGUAUCGCUGAGAGGCCGGCUACGGAGAAGGCGAAGACGGCUACCGGCGCUCUUCCAGAUGAUAAGAUGAAGGAGAUGUUCGAUGGGAUGAAGGCGAAAAUGGACGCAAAGAAGGAUGAGGCCAAGUAG